CCGGCCUGUGCGAGCGGCGCAGGCGGGGAAGCUGCUGCCUGCCGCGUUUGCCGGGGAAGGGCAGGGCCGGGCCGGGGGCGGCCGCGCGGGCACAGCAUGGCUGCUAAGGUGGCUCAGACCAAGAGAGCUGAUCCAGCUGAGUUGAAAACAAUAUUUUUGAAGUAUGCAAGUGUUGAAAAAAAUGGAGAAUACUUUAUGUCUCCUCAUGACUUUGUCACCCGGUACCUGAAGAUAAUGGAAGAUGGAGUACACGAUCCAAACUCUGUAAAGCUUCUAGCGGGUGUGGUGGAUCAGACCAAAGAUGGGUUGAUAUCCUUUCAAGAAUUUGUCGCAUUUGAAUCAGUUUUGUGUGCUCCAGAUGCAUUGUUCAUGGUGGCCUUUCAGCUCUUUGACAAAACUGGCAAAGGAGAAGUUACUUUUGAGGAUGUUAAACAAGUUUUUGGCCAGACCACAAUUCAUCAGCAUAUUCCAUUUAACUGGAAUUCUGAGUUUGUGCAGCUGCAUUUUGGAAAAGAUCGAAAAAGACACCUAACAUAUGCAGAGUUCACCCAGUUUUUACUGGAGAUACAGUUGGAACAUGCGAAACAAGCAUUUGUGCAGCGAGACAAUGCUCAAGCUGGAAGAGUCACUGCUAUGGACUUCAGGGAUAUUUUGGUUACUAUCCGGCCACAUAUGUUGACACCAUUUGUAGAAGAAUGUCUAGUAGCUGCUGCUGGAGGUACCACUUCCCAUCAGGUCAGCUUUUCCUAUUUUAAUGGAUUUAAUUCACUCCUUAACAACAUGGAGCUCAUUAGAAAGAUCUACAGUACUCUGGCUGGAAAUAGAAAAGAUGUGGAAGUCACUAAAGAGGAGUUUGUUCUGGCAGCUCAGAAAUUUGGUCAGGUUACACCCAUGGAAGUUGACAUCUUGUUUCAGUUAGCAGAUUUAUAUGAGCCCCGAGGACGCAUGACAUUAGCUGACAUUGAAAGAAUUGCUCCUCUGGAGGAGGGAACAUUGCCAUACAAUCUGGCUGAGGCUCAGAGGCAGAAAGCUCCUGGUGAUGUGACGCGCCCUGUUCUCAUCCAGAUAGCAGAAUCAGCAUACAGAUUUGCCCUGGGUUCAGUUGCUGGAGCUGUUGGAGCCACUGCAGUAUACCCAAUUGAUCUGGUGAAAACUCGAAUGCAAAAUCAGCGCUCUACUGGAUCAUUUGUAGGGGAACUUAUGUACAAAAACAGCUUUGAUUGCUUUAAGAAAGUGCUACGUUAUGAAGGUUUCUUUGGACUUUACAGAGGUCUUUUACCACAAUUAUUGGGAGUAGCCCCAGAGAAGGCUAUAAAACUUACAGUUAAUGAUUUUGUGAGAGAUAAAUUUAUGAAAAAAGACGGCUCAGUCCCAUUGGCAGCAGAAAUUCUUGCUGGCGGAUGUGCCGGAGCUUCUCAAGUAAUCUUCACAAAUCCACUAGAAAUUGUCAAGAUCCGACUACAAGUAGCUGGAGAAAUUACCACUGGUCCUCGAGUUAGUGCCCUCACUGUAUUGCGAGACUUAGGCUUCUUUGGUCUGUACAAGGGUGCUAAGGCAUGUUUUCUGCGCGACAUCCCCUUCUCAGCUAUUUACUUCCCCUGUUACGCUCACUUGAAGUCUGCACUUACAAAUGAAGAUGGGAGGAUUGGCCCUGGAAAUUUGCUCCUGGCUGGAUCAAUAGCUGGCAUGCCUGCAGCCUCUCUAGUGACUCCUGCUGAUGUUAUAAAGACAAGGCUACAGGUGGCAGCUCGCGCUGGACAAACCACUUACAGUGGUGUUGUAGACUGCUUUGUCAAGAUCCUGCAAGAGGAAGGUCCAAAAGCUUUGUGGAAAGGAGCUGGAGCUCGUGUGUUUAGAUCCUCCCCUCAGUUUGGUGUAACUCUGGUGACUUAUGAGCUGCUGCAGAGGUGGUUUUACGUUGAUUUUGGGGGAGUAAAACCAGCUGGAUCGGAGCCAGUUCCCAAAUCAAGGAUCACACUACCUGCUCCAAACCCAGACCACGUGGGUGGUUAUAAAUUAGCAGUGGCCACAUUUGCAGGCAUUGAAAACAAAUUUGGACUUUACCUACCUCGAUUUAAGCCAUCGCCACAUACCUCACAGGCUGCUGCAGUCAGCAAGACCUAAAAUUACAGCUGUAGGUUUUUGCUGUUAGUUGGGAAAGAGCCACUUUCUGAUCAGUCUAAUAUUUCAUUCCUUUAGCUUUUCAUCAUAUAUCAGUUAAGCUUCAGUUGAGUUUUAAGGCAGUUUUCUUCUUAAGUGUAAUCAUUGGUCUUUGUGCUUCCUUAACCAGAUCACUGUGAAAUUCUUAAAAUUAUUCUUUGGGUUCAGGACCAUGAAUGUAUUUGUCCACAUCUGACAUGUGCUUAUGUGUGCAAGACACUAAUAUCAGACUCUGUGGGGGAGGGUUGGGCGUGGAAGCUAAGAAUAAGAUUUUACAGGUAACAUUCAAAUGAGGAUUAUAUUGUCGAAGUGGGUGCAUAUUGGAUAUCACACAUUAUCAUUUCAGUAUACUCAGUGGAGAUCGUGGUGCUCAAGGCAGAAUGAUUUUGAUGGCACAUGUAAAAUAGUCAUAAACUUAGUGCGUGUUUGUAGUUAAAAAUAAUAUAAUAUGUACAUUAUGCACACAGAGUAUCUAAGUCUGAUAGUACAGUUUCAACUUUUUAAAUAUGUACACGCACAAGUUCUCUUUCUGGAUUGUAUUAUGAAGCUUUUAUGUGAAACAUGUUUUUUGUAAUAGAGAUCACAUUUAUAAAUGUUUAGUCAUUGUAUUAUGUUACUGGUAUCAAAAUGCUGGGAAGAAAGUGUUAUUGUCCAUAGUCUUUGCACUUUAUGGAGGUAUUUUUGGCAUUUUAUGACAUAUACAAUGAAACUUCAAGACUGGGUGCCUACCAUGGACUUGCUGAUAUUUGGAUUCCUGUUUGUAUGAUGCACUUCUAGGAAAUGCUGCUUCUUUGAAUAAAUGAAUUUAAGGAGAAAAAAACCCAUGCACUGUAUCUACGGUACCUGCCUUAAAUGCUGGCUUGUAUUUGGCAAAUAUUUGUUUUUAGAUUCUCAUUUACUUCAAAAGAUUAAAACAUUCUAAAACACAAGACUUCAUCUAAUUUGUGGUGCCUUGUGCAAGGUUUAGGGUACUAUUUAUGAAGAUAGAAAUAAACCUUUCAAACAAUGCGA